AUUUCAGAAGCAACUCCGGUUCUCACGGUGGUAUCAUCGGUGGUGUGAAUCUCCUUGACUUUAAUAUUGGUUUUUUUAACCAAUCCACUCAAGUUUCCGUCCAGACAUGUACUGACAAUAAGCACAUGGCCGUGAUGAUUGCCCUUUACUUGAUUUGUCACAGUAUCGGACCCCCACUUGAUAACUCUAUUUCUGGUGCUAUUUGGACCCAGAAGUCGUACUCUGAGUUGCUAAAAACACUCGGUGAUACCAGAUUGGCCACUUGCGUGUACUCCUCUCUAAAAGUUUAUCAUUGAUUACGCUUGGGGCACCACCGAGAGAAUGGCUGUCAUGCCCGCCUACAGAUAUGUCCAAAAGCUUUUGAUUGCCGUCAAUUUAUGUGUUCCGGUUAA